CGUCGAUCCGAAUUCGAAUCGCGGUUUCGUAAUCGCGUUGUUAAACAAUCGCGGUCGGUUAAAUACGGAAUUUCCGCUCGCGAAAUCGCGGGUCGCCCUCGCGGCGCGAUUCUGACGUUUCGCGCAUCGCGCUGAUGGAUCGGACGCGCGGAAUAAGGUUAGACAAUAUCGCGAAUACGGCGGGAGUGCGUCCGGAAAAUGAAUGCGAGAUCAAACAAUUUGCGGAUGAUAACGGACCAAGUGGCGAUAAAGUGUUAACGCAAAUCGGACGUCCCGAGGAGAUCCUGCGACAAGUGCAACGCGAGUUGUGCCUCGUCAAAUUAUGUUGGCCCGAUGUCCCGAUAACCAAGGAUCUUUAUAUCCGAACGCUUCCGGAUACUUAUCGACGCGUCAGCGAUAAGGAGAGAUUAUUGUUGUGGUACGCGGAAAACUUUCGUCGACAGAUCCACGCGAAGGACGCGAGUCGCCGGCCGCUGUUGUUGGCAUGUGAAAACGAAUGUGGCGUACAAAAAUUUACAUCUACUGGCAUUCGUCGAAGUACGCUGCCAUAUCCAGAAUUGUAUACAUGGCAUGGAUGCGCCCAGUUCAUCAGUAAUCACGUCACAUAUCAAUCACUGGAUAAGGAAUUUAUUAUGCCGGAACGUUUAUGCUCACCAACGUGGGUGCUGCAUUUCCAGAAAGGCAAUAGUUUUGAAUGCGCGACGCUUUUAGUAAGCUUAUUAUUGGGACAGAGUUACAAUGCAUUCGUAGUAAGCGGAUAUGCAUCGCGCGAACAAGCUCUCUGCGACAUGACCAGAAGAACCUGCCCGUAUUUGCCGGAGCGGAAAUACACACCACCACCGGCCGACAUGCCUAAAAUUGCUAAGUAUCAAUUAAAGGCACCGCCGGAUUUUAGAAGCCAAUUUCUCUUAGAACUGGAAGAUCGCGAGAGAAAAAAAAAAGAUGCCGAAUUACAACGACAGGAAGAAGAACGACAGAGAAUGAUCGCUGAGUUUGAGCGUCCACGGUCAGAUAAAUAUUUCGGUCAUAGGAUACACGCGUGGGUGGUGAUUUUGCCGGAAGAUAAAGGCCCGAGAAAUCGAGAAAUCACCGAACCGAUUUUCAUCGAACCUUCCUCCGGAAUGCCUUACAAUCUCGCUGACGAGGAGACCAAUUUGUUAUAUCUGGGAGUCGAAAGUAUUUGGAACGAUCAGAAUUAUUGGGUGAAUAUGCAACCGCGCGGAAAGGGCUGUGCGGAAAUUAAUUGGGACUUGAGUAAAGUUGAGCUCUGGGAGCACUUGCUGCCUGGCGAACCGCGUGUUGCGAGAAAAGACACGGACGAGAUCGAGGAAGACGUUGGCGUCGAGCAAGAUAAGCAUUUGGACAUGCCGGCUUCGUACGUGAAUGAAAUUCAAAUUUAUAGCUUAGAUUUUGAGACACGAUAUCCGCAAGGAAGUAAAACGAUAUUUUACAAGAAGGCAAAGGUGGAAUUAUACGCGCCGUACUUUCAAAUGGACGGUUUAAUACAACGAGUAACCGUUUACGAAGAUUAUGAAUAUAUCACUCCUAUUCAAUGUUACGAGAAAUAUUUGAAUAGAAGUGACUGCCUUACGGAAUCUAGUAAAGAUUUCAAUACGGAUACUGUCACGGAUUUCUUCAAGAAAGGCCGAUCAGAUCAUUGCAAAGCGGAUCGUUAUCUCGCAUCUGAUACUGGCUCGAUAGACAACGAAAGAGCGAUAGAUUUUUAUGAUGACGCGCAUUUCGAGGGAUUAUCGCGCAUGGAGAUGGGCCCACUUUAUUUGACUCAAUAUUACAGAAAUCGUGAGGAUUUCCUUUACUAUAGGCACGUUCAAUUUUCGACAGACAAAGAUAAUCCGGCGGAUGGUAUACAUUUCCGACGUACUUCAAAAAUCAUUGAGAAAUAUCAUCGAAACAAAGAAAUUCCGGCUUGCGAGGAUAUAGCUAUCCGCGAAUUCGCGAUGCUCGAGAAUGAAAUUCGCGUUAAAUUUCAUUACGAUAAAGAUCGGAGUUCCAGAGCUACUCGUACAUUUAUAAAACCGUCGAUGGCAGAUAGAGGGGAACGUUUGGUGUUUGAUCCCACAAUGUCCUACGGAUACAAUCCAGAUCCGACUGCACCGCCGGAAAAAAAUCUCGAUCUCUUUUAUAAUCUCGAUAAGCAUUUGAAAGAUGAAGAUCAAUCUAUAAUCUGCGUCAAGGAUACCGAAACCGAAAUCAUGGAAUUCCUAAAGAGAAGAAGCGAUGAAAAUUUAAAUCUGCAACUUUCGAUUUCAUUAUUCGACAGAAAUCAAACAGUCGAGACGAUAUCGACUGAGCCGAGAAUAGAUGCGGUAAAAGAUCCAAGUCAACGAGAUGAUAUCGCGCAAGAGAUCGAUCCAUUGGGGCCAUAUUUGGCGCGAAUAGGCAACCCGGCGUACAUCAGCAAGGCAGAAGCGUAUCUGAUACGCGAUGACUGUUUAAGUGACUUUAAGCAGUUAUCUAUCGACAAAGCGAAUUAUAUUUUACGUAUCAUCGAGAAGCGCGCUGCGGAACUUGAAAAAAUGCAAAUCUUGUUAACACAGUCAGUCGAUUUAUCGAAAGCGGAGGAGGAUCAGAUGCUAGCCAAGAUAAAUGAGAUAAGCUUCAAUUUACACGUACUAGAAACAUAUCUGAAUUGGCAUAGAGAUCAAGUACCGCAGAGAUACAAGAUAUUGAUGGAUCGUUUGCGGCAAAAUCCGUAUCUCCAAGCACUUCAGAAAAAUUAAGAAAAAGAUAUUGAGAAAUUAUAUGAAUGAGUAUAUCAAUAUUCAAAAAUCAUACUCAUUUCAUAUUAUCAAGGAGAGUACACAUUGGUAUCAUGAAAUGUACAAUAUAUUUAUUGAAAAGACCACGAGCCCAUUUGACCAAUGCACCGACCUGAAGUAAUAUUGAAAAAUAAAUGUAAAAUAAUUUGUAUAGAGGUUUCAUUUUUGCGAUUCAUUAC